CAGAUGAUUACAUCAUAAGCAUUGCGCGUGCAGACACCAGGCACUAGAGCGCAUGCAGUGACCGGUUGCGCAAUUGAGAGUGAGAAACUGGGUUAGAACAAAUGGAGGAGAGGAAGAAGGAAGGCAUGUACAAUGGUUUACCUAGUCUGUAGACACUAUCAGCCUCAAACUAAUGUAGACACGCACAGAGGGGAGGAAAGAAAGGGGUGAAGGAGGAAGAGAGAGGGAGGAGAGAAUGGCACAGACACAUAGAGACAGUGGUGAACAAUCGGUGGACGAAGCCUAGCUAAAGAAACAGAAGGAGAGGACAGGAGGAUGGAUAAAAGGGAUAAACGAUGUUCUUUUUUAUUUAAAGAUGGGGAAUGAAAAGAAGGAGUGUGCGCCCUCGGCGUCAUAACGCAUCCACGGAUUAGCCCAAGCCAAGCGCUCCACCGCCCGUCCAUGGCGUAAAGACAGGGGUACAUAAAUAUAUCUGAAAUAAUUAAAUAAUUCGCUGUGGCGAGAAGAGCGUCAGCCGCAGUGUGUCUCUCCUUGCACCACGUAAGCGCAGCCGAAACAGAGAGGAGGACAGGGAGGACGGAGAGAGAGAGAACAAGCCAUCCCUUUCCUAACCGAACCAAGGAGAGAGGAAACGCGACAGGCAGACAACAAUGGGAAUAUAGGUCUAUAUAUACCUAACCCAUCUAUGAGCAACCAGCACAGCGGAGGUUUUUGUGGUGUUUUUAGCGGUUAGCUAUAAAGGAGACGGGGAUUCGGUGUUGCAGCGGCCGCGCUGAAGAACCGCACAUGUCAACACGUUCAAGCUCCACAUCUCCAUCCCCGCCCUGCGCGGAUCGCAGAUCCGUCUGUAACGGCAGCGCCAGGCAGGUUACCGAAUAACAGAACCGUUAACGGAACCGGGGAACAGUGAUGAGAAGGACUCAGAUCAAUGGUUUUAUGAUAUGAGCCUUUAUAAGCUAAUCAAUUAAUGAAUUACUUAUCAUCGAUGAGAAAGGACCAAUCAAACAAUUGAUUUUAUGGAUUCAUGUUGUUGACAUUUUCGGGAACGAUCCUUAUAACCAGCGCUCGGAAUAAGCCUGCUUUAUCGGUGUGAUGUGCUUUAUCUAAGGAUCCAUAGGCUAUGGGCUCUAUUCAUGACAGAAAUAUAUACAUAAAUACCACAUUUAGGCUGAUGACUUAGUAGUAGUCUUAACAACCCAUGCGUUUCUUCCCAUCUCUAUCGAUAGAUACAUGGACAAUUAGGCCUACCCGUUAGAUCUAUGCGUUUUUCUUUGCAUAAAAAUAUGUUUCGGUUAAUUUAAAAACGAGGGAAGCAACCGUUUUUUUCCUCCCUCUGCUGUAUUGAGACGUUAGGCAGCAGGCAGGCAGGCAGUCACAAGCAACACACACCAUCCGUCCCUCUCUGGACUGCACCUCUCCAUCUCUAUCCCUCCCUCCUUCCUCCCUCCUCUAUCCCCCCUCCUCUAAUCCUCCACAUCCCUCUGUUCCAUUCCCAGAUUAUCCAUUUUUAUUAAUUUGUUAACGUAUUAUCUCUAUAAAGGAUUAAAAACUGUUCACCCUAUCUCAAUCCUAUACGCCUCUCCUUCACUAGCAUCUCAUCGGCGCAUCCAGACACACAGACACACAAACUUGACAUAGACACCGGACCGCUCGCCACUACAACACAGCAGCGAUGGAGACCACCAAACUGCCCCCGACCAGCCCGUCCUCCCCGACCACCGGGUUCUCGGUACCGUCAGCGGAGAAGGUGGAUGGGUUUCCCCGGCGCUCGAUGCGUAGAGCCCGGCAGAGGCGCUCCCACUCCUCGUCCCAGUUCCGCUACCAGAGCUCCCAGGUCGAGCUAACGCCACUGCCGCUGCUCAAAGAUGCCCCUGUGGCAGAGCUCCAUGACCUGUUCUGUAAGAAGUUGCAGCAGUGCUGCGUCCUCUUUGACUUCCUGGACUGUGUGGCUGACCUGAAGGGGAAAGAGAUCAAACGAGCUGCGCUCAACGAACUGGUGGAGUCUGUUGCUACAAGCAGAGGAGUUCUGAUAGAGCCACUCUACCCAGAGGCUAUUAAGAUGAUCUCAGUGAAUAUCUUCAGGACAUUACCUCCCAGUGACAACCCAGAGUUUGACCCGGAGGAGGAUGAACCCACUCUAGAGGCCUCCUGGCCACACCUGCAGCUGGUGUAUGAAUUCUUUCUGCGUUUCCUGGAGAGCCCAGACUUCCAGCCUUCCAUGGCCAAACGCUACGUCGACCAGAAGUUUGUUCUUCAGCUGUUGGAAUUGUUUGACAGUGAAGAUCCAAGGGAGAGAGAGUACCUAAAGACCAUCCUGCAUCGUGUCUACGGCAAACUGCUCGGCCUGCGGGCAUACAUACGCAAACAGAUCAACAAUAUCUUCCUCAGGUUUAUCUAUGAGACCGAGCACUUCAACGGUGUGGCAGAGCUACUGGAGAUCCUGGGCAGCAUUAUAAACGGGUUUGCUCUGCCCUUGAAGUCAGAACACAAGCAGUUCCUGGUUCGAGUCCUGAUCCCUCUACACACAGCCAAGUCUCUGUCCAUCUUCCAUGCACAGCUGGCGUACUGUGUGGUCCAGUUUAUGGAGAAAGAUUCUACAGUCACAGAAUACAUCAUACGAGGGCUCCUCAAAUACUGGCCCAAAACAUGCACCCAGAAAGAGGUGAUGUUCCUAGGGGAGAUAGAGGAGAUACUGGAUGUGAUCGAGCCAUCUCAGUUUAUCCGUGUUCAGGAGCCUCUCUUCAAACAGAUCGCUGCCUGCAUCUCCAGCCCACACUUCCAGGUAGCAGAGAGGGCUUUGUACUUCUGGAACAACGAGUACAUCCUGUCUCUGAUAGAGGAGAACUGUCAGGUGAUUCUACCACUGGUCUUCGCCACACUCUACAGAGUGUCCAAGGAACACUGGAACCAGACUAUAGUCUCUCUGAUCUACAACGUUCUGAAGACCUUUAUGGAGAUGAACAGCAAGCUGUUUGAUGACCUCACUGCCUCUUACAAAGUGGAAAAACAGAAGGAGUUGAAGAGGGAGUGUGAGCGUGCAGAGCUGUGGCGGGGGCUGGAGGAGCAGCAGGAGAGGAGACUGCAGAUCCUGGGGGAGGCCAGUCGCAAUCAGAAGAACCUCCAGGAGAGAGGGGAGCCUCCUCAGCCCUCCUCCCCACAGACGGCAUUCCCUGAGCAGCCAAACCCCGAGCUCAGUGGAGCCUCUUCUAACACCUAGAAGCAGACAGCGGAGGAUCAGUACCAGGAUACAUAGAGUACUUAGAGGACAUACAGAGACAGUAUGAACAUAGCCAAACACACACAUGUACACACGAAGGAGCAGACGCACACGCUCAAACACACACACACACACACUGAGAACACACACUGAGAACAUGAACACACACAUAGUCGCACACAGGCAUAUACUGUACACACACACACACACACUCAUGCAGAAUGUAAACAAAAGAUGAAUCAACUCAAACACAUAGACUGACACUCACCUACAUUGAAGUGCAAACACAGCCCUCUACAUACUCACUGGAAGACUACCCACACAAACUGCCCAUCUUAAACAAGACAUGUUUCUCUCUCUCUUACACACACUCACACUCACACACACACACACAGGUACUGGUUCUAGCUGUCUUCUAGCUGGUUCUAGCUGUCAGUUUUGACGUGGAACCGUUUUCCCGGUUCUCUGACAAAGGACUUUAUACCGUCCCAAAAGAUACAGAGGAAUGAUGACGUAAAUGCUACAUAAUAUUGUUGCUUCUUCUUCUAUUCUUCUCUACUCUACUACUACUACUGAUGUUUA